AAUGACCUCACAGGUGUUUGGCGGACAUCUUGAAUCACGGUUUGGAGAGAGGCUGAGAGCUCUUACUCUAACUAACUUCAUGUCCUUGGUAGAAAACUGUUCGGCUUAAUGUUUACCAAGACCACGAAGGAGCACAAGUCAGUGCUCAUGCGAACAGUAGCUCUCACGGAGGACAACUUCAGCGAGAUGACGCAUGCACCACUGCACCGCCCACAGAGUCCUGCUUCAUCUUACUCUUCCGACCAAGGCUCAAACAAACAAAGGCAAACAAGACAGCAGCCUCAUGUGCCUGCUUUGGGAUUGCCCAGUUUGGGGGUUAAGACCGACACAGAAAAAGCGGGAAAAAUGGAAAUCUCUGAUGCCACUAGAUCAGUUUCUUCUGCCAGUACCCAUCUCCAUCACUGCCACAUCAGCUGGUCCCAAGGUUGUGAGGUCAUGCAAACAUCUGGCCCCUCCGCCAUGUUUUCUAAGUGGAUGGCCUUCUGCCAGCGAGGCCUGGCUCCGAGUGCUGCAGUGUCAACACUGAAGAGUGAGGGCCAGAGGGGUGAUGGUGUUCUUGGCUCGGAGGCUCAAAGGCGGGUGAAAUGUGGUCCUUUUUUUCUGAGGCUGCCAGUGGCGGAUCAUAAACCAUCUGUAAAAGUGGAUAAUGCCAGCCAGUCUGAGUGGGCUAUAAUUUAAUUUUAGCCCAUAAAUAACCGAUAUCACAGAUAUCCCAUUAUUAUUAUUUUAUAUCUCAUGCUUUCCUAUUAAAUCAUCAUGUUCCCAUGUUAAAUGCAGUAUCUUGAAAACACAGUGGAUGACAUCCAUUUUAUCUACCCACAAUGAAGGACAACCGCUAUUAGGCCAUGGUGACUUGCAUCCAUGCGAGAGAAAGCAGUCUCUGGCAGCCUGGUAUCCGUACACCUUUGUGUACAGUAAAGUGCUGUUUCUAUGCCAGGUAUCCAGGGCAGACAUUUUGGCGCAGCUUUGGCAGUACAGACAAAGACGCCGGGGUGUGAUGGGACACAGACCUGCCAUUUCCCAGCAGCACUGGCAUGCCUCUCACUGUAGAAUGAUGAAUGGUCGCACACGCAUGCCACACAUUUGCUCAUGCACACAUAUGACACACAUACACGUGCGAAAACAUACAGGCAACCCUCCUGGUCAGGUCAACCAGGCUUUGGCAUUGCAUCACACACACACAGAGAUACACAAACACACUCACACAAAGACAGACAGACGUCCUUACUGUAGCGCUGCAUUAUUCAGAGCCAGGUGUAGGAGGAAAGGGGAAUAAGGUUGUGUUUAUUAGCUGCUCCCUUGGUGUUCUCUAAAUUGCCUUGUUUGCUCGGCACAAGCACACAAACAGAUGCUGUCCUCUCUGCUCUGGGUAAUUCUCGGGGUCUCUGGGUAUUUAGUGAAAGGCCUACCGUACCACACACACACACACAGCCUCAUUUGUGCUACGCAUACAAACACGCACAUCAGACCGGGCUACUUGAGAAACACAUUUGCGUGCUAAUUUUUGCGCUGACAUUCAGAAGUACUGUUUGAUUCAUGUGAAGAAGAAGACAUUGUCUAUCCACAUAAUUGGAGUACCCCAUAUAGCAAAGCUCACAGUCCCUCAGCCUCUCAACGACACAAUUUCACUCUUAUUAAGAAAAUCUGCAUUUAGGAGGGACCAAUGCUAUCAGUCGAAAUUAAUCUGCUUUGACUGAUCCCUAAUGUGACCACAGUCAUCGAGUAAUUAUUGUCUGGAUGGCUGUGCACCAGCCUCAUAACCACUGUCCGCCUCCUCCUCCUCCCUCCCCUCCCCCUCAAAAGGGCUAGUCUUGGUGUGUGAAUCCCUCUGCAGUGGGCUGGUUACAGUGGGUACAGCAGGCAUGUCAUUUAGCGCUUGAUCAGUGAGUCGUGAUUAGCCUGCCCUGUAUUAUUGUGAUUAACGUCCACCCGGCGGACGACUGUCCUGUUGUCACCAGUGAUACCAUCUGAGAUGUUGAGACUCCGGGAUGAGGGCCAGUGGAAGGACCUGGUUGUAUGGCAACACAGAAACCGCUCUCUAAAACGCACACUUCAACUUCUUUCCUGUCAGUCACAAAAUCUAAUGCAUGUAACGAGUGCAGGGCUCUUUCCCUGCACAGCCAUGUUUUGUCUGUGUGUCUGCUCGGAUUAGCUAACCCACAACCUCUUCUGCAGCCUGCGUGUUGUGUAGCAUUUCCAUCAGGCCGCGUGCCUUAUGUCUCCAAAUGCACAGAAAUCCAGAACCUCAUCUUUCCUCUGUUUCCCUCCUUCAUCUCACACCUCCUCGACCAACAAAGUCGAUUUGACCGCGGCUGAUUAUAGUAACGAAGGCAGUCCAACAGAAUAUGCACAUUCUCACUGUACGUCAAAUUAGAUCACAGCAAGGGAGGGGUAGGGGGGGUGUCGCGCGCUGACCCCCGUCUCUUCGCCUCAGACGAUCGGUCGCUUACGCAGAGGGAGAUUUUGGAAACAGGCCUGUGGACCAAACGGUGUCUGAUAGCUCGCUGCUACAACACACAGGACAAAGGAAGAUGUCUGCGGUGAAAUUAGGAGCUCAGAUUGAAAAAGAGAACUCGAUUCUGGAGAGGAAAAAAAGCACCUAGUUUGAGAGGAAAUAAUUGGAUUUGGAGUGUUUGUGCUUUAUGAUUAAUUUGGCACAUGAGAAGCAGAGAUGAGACUAUUUCUGUCUCAGUGCAUCAGUAUCACACUUUAAAAAACAAGUAAAUAUAGAGAUACAAACUUGUUUUUUGAUAUUUGUGAUGCUGAAUCCAAAGAUUAUUUUUAUUGAUGUAGCUUUUGUGCAUGAGCCCCUGUGUGUGUGUGUUUCAUUCCUCUGUAAUUACUCGGCUAAACUCAGACCCCCUUCUCAUGGUUCUCGUGCAUCCGCCGGUGGAAAAGAGUCAGUUUUGAUUACAAAGUAAACGCUGCAGCAUCAGACAAGGGGGGGUUACAUGCUGAUAUGCAUUCUAUCAGGAUGAUUUAUGCAAAUUAUGCACAUUAUUC